UAAUUAAUUGCAUGUGGCAACUCUGUUACAAAAUGUCCGACAGUAAUAUCCAAAAGUCAGAUUCGGAACCUAGCAGCAAAAAAAUUAAAAUUGAUCAUGAAAAUGAUAAUGGUGUGAACGAAAAUAAGUUAGAACUGAAAGACUUUGUAACAGAGAAGAUAUUAAACAACAACACGUUUAGGAAAACCGUCUGUGUGCAAGGAAAAUUCAAAGACAAAAGUGGCGUGGCUUUGCUUGUUUUAGAGAAAAAUGCUUUCAAGGAAGAAGAUUUGAAUAAUGAUGGUUACUUUUCCGUAGACACGGAACUGAAAACAUUCUUCCAGAACGACAUUUACGGAAAUUACGAGUGUUUCCCGCGCUCGUCACUAAACGGUAUAAAGACGUCAAUAAUCUACCCCGCUACAGAGAAGCAUAUAGCCAAGUUUAGCCAGCAAGAGACGCACAUUGUGUUGGAGACGCCUGAGCUUUAUAACAAGCUGACUCUACCUCAUAUUGAGAAGGAACAGUUUAAUUUGCAGUGGGUAUACAAUAUCUUAGAAGGCAAAAGCGAGCAGGACCGAGUUGUAUACAACAAUCCCUGUGAGAAGGACGGCUUUGUGCUACUUCCAGACCUCAAAUGGGACGGGGUCACUAAAGAGACUCUGUACUUACUUGCUAUAGUGAGACGGAGAGGGAUCAAGUCUCUGAGGGACUUGGAUGAGAGUCAUCUGCCGUUGUUGAAAAGGAUUCGGGACGAGGGGAAGAAAAAGAUAUUAGAAAAGUACAACGUGCCGUCAUCACAGCUGCGCAUCUACUUCCACUACCAACCUUCAUUCUACCACCUCCACGUUCACUUCACGUACCUACGUCACGAGGCACCAGGCAUCUAUGCAGAGAAGGCACAUCUACUCGACACAGUUAUCGAUAACAUCGAAAUGAUCGGUAACUACUACCAGAGAGCAACACUACCCUUCACCAUUCGCGAAAUGGAUAACAUUUUCAACAUCUACGAAACCAAUGGACACGUCCACAGAAUUAAACCAAGUAUCGAGAAAAUCGAAUUAAUCGAUAAGUAA